AUGGCCAACCAUCUUUACCAAUACUCAAUUUUGAGCGCUUUGAUGCACGGGAUCUGCCGCGAAGGCACCACGGUCGCAAACCUGCUCACACAUGGUGACCAUGGCCUGGGAACUAUGUCCGGUCUGAACGGAGAAAUCAUAAUCGUCGAUAAAGAAGUAUACCAUUUCCUCCCCAAUGGGCAACUCCGCAAAGUUGAGCCUACCGACAUCAUCCCGUUCGCCAUGAUCACCCGGUUCGAACCGACAUUAGCCAAACAUCCACAGUCACUAAACAUGUCAACUAUUUCCAAUGAACUUUCACCACUACUCCCAGCUUGUCAGAAUUCAUUCUUGUCAAUUCGAGUCGACGCCAUGUUUACCCGGGUGACAUUCCGCGUAAUCCCUGCGCAGUCAAAGGCCCGUGAGUCGCUAUCGGAGCUGGCGAAACGACAGGAAUUGCAUCACGCCACGCAUAGUCGGGGUACUCUUGUCGGGUUUUGGUCACCUGGAUUCACGAGUGGAUUCAGUGUGGCUGGGUUCCAUCUCCAUUUCUUAUCUGAAGAUCGUGCGCAGGGUGGUCACGUUAUGGAAUUUGAGGCUGAAGAUGCUGUUCUCCAAGCUGCUGCUAUUAAUGCGUAUAAUGUUGAGUUACCAGCUUCAGGAGAGUUCCAGAAUGAGCCUAUUGGGGAGGUUUUGGCGAAAGAUCUUCACGCGGCAGAGGGUCAAUAA